AUGACAGAAUUUGUAUACAAGGGUGAAGACUUUGAUGAAAAAGUCAGAAAGCAAGUUGAAUUUUACUUUUCCGACUCCAAUUUACAACAAGAUAAGUUUUUAUGGAAGAUUUAUGAAUCCAAUGAUGGAUGGGUUGAGUUGAAGACGAUUUUAACAUUUGGAAGAAUGAAACAAUAUAGGCCUGAGGAGAGGGUUAUUGAUGCGUUAAAGAAGAGCGAAAAGCUACUUUUAUCUUCAAAUAAUGAUAUGAUCAAGAGAAAAGACCCCUUGAAGGAUAUCAACGAAGUGAAGAGCACCAAGAAAAAGAAUACUGUUCAUAUUGAAGGAUUUCCCCACCAGUUGACGCAAGACGAGGUUGAGAAAUGGUUUAACGAAAAGAUUCUUCCAUUUCUACCAAAGGAAAAGAAGCUUUGUUCGAUUAGGAUGAUAAAAACUAGGGCCAAGAAGGAAUUUUUCGGAGUUGUUGAUGUUGAGCUCAGCACUGAGGAAGAUGCUCAAUACUUGGUAAAGAAUGUCGAAUUGUCCUUUGAAAAAGGUAUACUUUCCUCAGAAGAGUCUCAAGAAGUUGAUAAGAAGGAUCUUUUGAAGAAAAUGUCGUUGUUGACAUUCCAAGAAAUGAGAGAGAGUGGUAAAAGAUUUGGCCAAAAUGAGGUGACUAAAAGACGCAAUAGCUUUAAUGAAAAUAAGGCGAAAAAGUUGCAAAAGGGGAACAAGGGAAAGAAGGUUUAUGAAAAGAGGAAAGAGGAAGUAAAGGAAGGAGACAAAUUGGAAAAACCUCUUGAAAAAGUAAAAGAAGAAGGGGGGGAAAAAGAGGAGAGCAAACAAGAUGCCGCUAUUAAAGAGAGCAAACAGGAUGAUGCUAAAGAGAGCAAACAGGAUGAUGCUAAAGAGAGCAAACAGGAUGAUGCUAAAGAGAGCAAACAGGAUGAUGCUAAAGAGAGCAAACAGGAUGAUGCUAAAGAGAGCAAACAGGAUGAUGCCAAAGAGAGCAAACAGGAUGCUGCUACUAAAGAGAGCAAACAGGAUGAUGCUACUAAAGAGAGCGCACCUGAACAAGACUAA